AUGUCGAACAAGGACACAGUACCAUGGGUUGAGAAGUAUCGACCUCAGAAAUUAGAAGAAGUGGUUGGAAAUGAAGAGAUCAUUCACUCUCUUGGAUUUUUCAUCGAGAAUGGAAACCCACCACACUUCAUAAUGUCGGGUCCUCCUGGUUGUGGAAAAACAACAGCUAUUUGGGCUAUGGCGAAGGAAUACUUGAACGAAUACGUGAAAGAUGCCGUUUUGGAGCUGAAUGCUUCCGACGAUCGGUGGGUUUCAGUUUGCAAUGAAGCUGAUUCGAUGACCGAAGGCGCACAGCAGGCUUUGCGACGUAUUAUGGAAAAUUACAGCGAUACGACGCGAUUUGCUUUGGCGUGCAAUCAGUCGGAUAAAAUUAUCGAGCCCAUCCAAUCACGCUGUGCCAUUCUGCGCUUCCACAAACUGUCUGAUGCACAAAUAGCAUGUAGGCUCGAAGAAGUAUGCAAAGCAGAAAAUGUUAGUUAUGAUGACGAAGGCUUGAAUGCGCUCCUUUUCACUGCUCAGGGAGAUAUGCGCCAGGCACUGAACAAUCUCCAGUGCACGGUGUCUGCCUACGAAUACGUUUCAGCUGAAAACGUUCUGAAGGUAUGCGAUGAGCCACAUCCCCAGCUUAUGGCGAAUAUGCUGACCCUGUGUGCUGAACAGAAUUUUAGGGAUGCCGCUGCAAUCAUUCACGAUUUUUACAGAAUGGGAUAUUCUCCUGAAGACAUAGUUUCUAACAUGUUCCGGGUGUCAAAGACAGUUCCAAUACCCGAAUACGUCCGGAUGGAGUUCAUGAAGGAAAUUGGAUUGUGCCACAUGCGCAUUACCGAAGGACUUUCUUCUCUUCUUCAACUCUCAGGACUAGUUGCGAAGUUGUGCGCAGUGGAUGCGAAGUGA